AUGUCCACCACAGGUCUCAUGGAUCCUGUCCCAGGGGUUGAGCCUACCAAGGGCGGUUUGUAUCUUUGGCGAUUUCUUCCAAACCUGGGUGCUGCCGUUCUCUUCCUCCUGCUCUUCCUGGGCUCCUUUCUCUAUCUCAGCUGGAAGAUGUGGAGGACAAAAGCUUGGUUCUGUACCGUGUUCCUCAUCGGAUGCUUCUUGGAAGUCGUCGGAUACGGUGUUCGAGCGGGGGCGCGAAACCACACGGGAAAGCUCAUGCCCUACGUCGUGCAAAACAUGUUCCUCCUGGUGGCGCCGAUCCUCUUCGCCGCGUCCAUAUACAUGGUUCUCGGGCGUAUCAUAACAAGUGUGAACGGCCACGGGCACACACCCAUCAAACCCUCCAAGAUCACCAUGACCUUUGUCCUGGGCGACGUCUUCUCCUUCGUUGUGCAGGGAGGCGGCGCCGGUCUUUCCGUCGUGCAAAAACCGGGCCUCGCGCAGUAG